GCCAGCGUGGGUCGCGGUGGGUGGCCGGCCUGACCAGUCGACGUCGCGGAUACGACUCUUGGUCUCCUCCCCUUCCUCUGCGAGGAGCUUUUCAAAAUCCGCUACCAGCACAAGAGGAUGCUUCAUGCUUCCGCGGACACAAGGCAGUAGUGGCGAAACAACAUCGCUAGUGUCCCGGAAAAAAAGAGUCGUGUGAGACACGCCGCCGCCGCCUCCCCUUCCCUAAAACCAGGUUUAAUCCGCACUGAAGAGGAUUUAAGGACCAACAACUUCCUUCAUGGUGAAAUGUUGUAAAAAGUUUGCUUUUUUCACUUAUCCACGCAUCUCCCAAUCUCGGUCCAGGCGCAGUCUGGAGCUCAGCCUAUUUGGGCGCUGGGAUGGACUCGGAGCCGGACCAGUACGAGGAGCAGCUGAAGGAGGUGUUCGACGGCUUCGACGCCAGCGGCGCCGGCGCCCUGAGCCCCGACGAGCUGGCGGCCCUCUGCUAUUCGCUGCAGCUCGGUGAGGCCACGCCCACCCUGCUCGGCACGCUCCUGCAGGACCAGGACCAGGACGGGAGCGGACCCUCCAUACGGGUCGACUUCCACCAGUUCAAGAACGCCCUGAUCCAGGUCCUCUCCUCCACCAUGGCUAGCUCACCCACCCAGUGCCCCAGCACAGCACCUGUACCCCCUCCCCCAGCAGACUCUCCGGAGAUCCAGCCCAAGUUCAUGAAGGGCAGCAAGCGAUACGGCCGUCGCUCCACCCCCGAGUUCUCGGAGCCUCUCCUGGAUUAUUCCCAGGCCUUUUCGAGUUGGAAUGCUGUGGAGGAGAACGCCGGGGACGACGACGACGACGAAGACGAGGAGUCCGCCGUUCCGAGGAAGCGGGAGCGCUGUGACCCAGUGCAUGAAACCAGCAUGGAGGAGUACGAGGCUGAAGGCACGAUGACCCUGUGGAACCCCGACGAGCCCACGACCCCGCGGGGGUCCGUGUCCGGGGGGCCCCUGUCCCUGCACCUGGAGCUCCGGCUCCAGGAGGCCUGCGACGAUCUGGGCCUGCCCGCCGACGGCCCCGCCGGCCUGGCUGACCUGCUGGGCCUCGCUGACCGCCUGGGACUGGAGGUAACGGGGGACGUGAUCCAGAGCGUGCGGGAGGCGGGGGGGGAGGUGAACGUGAGGGAGUUUGUGGGCAGGGUGGUGGCACACAGCCAGCCGCCGACCCCCUCCUCCUCCACCCCCUACCGACAGCUGAAGAGACUCCACUCCACCCAGCCCUUUGACGAGGCGGGCCGGCGUAUGACCAUGCCCUCGUUGAUGACCAGCUCCAUCGGCCUGCGUCUCUUCUCCACGCUGGACGACGGGACAGGCCACGCCCCCGUGGAGAACCUGCUGGACGCCUGGUUGGGCGAGGGCAUCGAGAACACGUCCGAUAUCCUCAAGGCUCUGGACUUCAGCCUGGAGGGCCGGGUGAACCUGGGCCAGCUGACCUCUGCCCUGGAGAACGAGCUGCUGGUCACCAGGAACGGCCUCCACCAGGCCGCCCUGGCCAGCUUCAAGGCCGAGAUCAGACACCUGCUGGAGCGCCUGGACCUGGAGCUCCAAGAGAAGGAGAGGCUCCUGCUGGACCUGGAGACGGCCGAGAGGCUGAAGAGCCAGCUGGCUGCUGAGGUGGACGAGAACCACGCCAGCAUCGAGCACUCGCACCACCUCAACCUCAGGAAGCUGGAGCAGGAGCACAAGGAGAAGCUGGGGGCGGUGCGGUCCGUCCUGCUGACGGAGUUGGACCAGAUCCAGCAGCAGGCCAGCCUGCAGAGGGAGGAGCUGGAGGCGGAGCUGGAGAAGACCAGGGCGGACGAGUCCUUCAUGAGGGACCACCUGUCCAUCUCCAUCAGGGAGAACCGGCGUCUCGAGUCGGAGGUUCUGGAGGGGAGCGAGCAGCUAGCAACGGCCCAGGUCCAGAUCUCCAAGCUCCAGGCCAGCUUGGAGAACGUCCUCCGAGAGAAGAUGGGCGACCAGGACCCAGGAGGUGUGGAGCUGUUGCAGCAGGAGGAGCGAUUCAGACAGCUGUGCAGCGGCUAUGAGACUCAGUGCAGAGAGCUGCAGGACCGUAUCGAUGAGCUGCAGGCGGAGCAGGCCCUGCAGCGCCUGGGCAGGCGGUCCCAGGCCUGCAGCCAGCCGCUGGCCGACCACAUGGAGUCGGAGAUGGAGUCCCAGAGCCCGGGCAUGGAGUCGGACCCAGGGCUGGGCACGGAGGAGGGCCAGCCCUUCAACAUGAGCCUGGAGGCGGAGCUGAUGCUGGAGCAGCUGAAGGAGCAGCACAGUCGGCGGGUGGAGGACCUGCAGGCCCAGCUGGAGAGCAAGAUCCAGGAGCUGGACCAGAGGGUGGAGGAGGAGCGGACGGCCCACCAGGGCCAGCAGGCCUCCACCACCUCCCUGCACCAGGAGGAGGUGGAGGCCCUCAGGGAGCAGAUGGCCCGCCUCCAGGCUCAGGCCGGGGUCUUCCAGGGCCAGCUGGAGCAGGCCGCGCUGGAGCGGGACGGCCUGGAGAGGAGGCAGGCGGAGGAGAAGGAGCGGCUGGAGCUGCGGCAGGAAGAGGAGGUGGCCGCCCUUCGGCAGCGCCUCCUGGAGGCCCACACCCAGGCCUCGGACCUGGAGGAGCAGCUGGCGGCGGCGCUGGAGGAGGCGCGGCGGGCGGAGGAGGUGGAGGAGCUGAGGAGAUGCCACGCCCAGGAGCUGGGGCUCCUCCAGGAGACGCAGGAGGCGCGGCUGGAGGAGGAGAGGAGGCGAACGCGGGAGGAGGUGCGGCUGCUGGAGGCGACGGCGCGGGAGGAGGAGGAGCGCCGGCGCCUGGACCACGAGGAGGAGCUGGGCGCCCGGCUGGAGGAGGCGCGGCUGAGGUCCGAGGAGGAGAAGGAGGCGCUGGGGGAGAGGCUCGCCGAGGAGUGGCGCAGCGAGAGGGCCGCUCUGGAGGAGCAGAGCGACCAGACCCUGCAGGAGGUGCUGGAGGCGGGCAUGCUGCGGCUGGUCAAGGAGCAGGAGGAGAAGGAGAGCCGGCAGAGGGCGGGCUGGGAGGAGGAGCGCGGCCGGCUCCAGAGGUCCCAGGAGGAAGCGCUCCUCGCCGUGUUGGCCAAGGAGCGCCUGAAGCUCCAGGAGCAGCAGGAGCAGAGGGAGAGGAGGAUGAGGGAGGCGUGGGGGGAGGAGAAGCUGCAGCUGGAGGAGGACUACGAGGGGAUGCUGCAGGAGAGGCUGAAGGAGGAGAGGGAGAAGGCGGAGGAGGGGAAGGAGGAGGAGGAGAGGCGCUUCGAGAGGAUGCUGAAGGAGGAGACCUCUCGGCUGGAGGAGCGGCACAGGGAGGCGCUGAAGGAGCUGAGCGCCCGCCACGGGGAGGAGCGCGAGGAGCUGGGCGGCGCCUUGGACCGGCUGCGGGAGGAGGUCGUCCAGGAGAGGACAGCCGUUGAGCUCCACUUCUCCCAGAGGCUCCAGGAGCUGGAAGGCCGCUUCUCAGGGGACCAGGACACUGUGGAGGAACGCUUCCAGGUGGACGUGUCGAGGCUGGAGCAGCACUACCAAGCCCAGCUGGGGGCCCUCUCGGCGAGCCACGCCGAGCGGGCCCUCGCUUGGCGGGCCGAGAUGGAGGCCGCCCUGGUGGAGAGCCAGGAGCAGAGGAGGCUGAUGCGAGAGGCCCUGGAGCAGGAGAGGCUCUGCCUCCACCGGGAGCGGGCCGCCGACCGCGAGGAACUGGAGAACGCCCGCCGGGAAGAGGUGGAGGCGGCGCGGGGAGAGAAGCGGGAGCUGGAGAGGCAGCUGGACGAACUGGCCGGGUCGUCCCAGACCAAGGAGAGGGACCUCAGCCGGCAGCUGAUCGAGCUCCACAGGAGGCUCCAGGAGAGCCAGGCCUUCAGGGAGGACCUUCUGGCCGCGUCGGAGAGGACGGCGCAGGAGCUGGAGGUUCUGCUUGGUCAGGCGGUGAAGGACUUCAAGCAGGAGAGGGCAGAGUUUGUGGAGGAGCGGGCCGAGCUCCAGAGCAGGCUGGCCCAAGUCCAGGGGAAAUACAGAGAGGAGCUCUCCCUGUCGGAGGAACGGAGCCGGGAAAAGAUGGAGCAGUUUGACGCUCUGCGGAACAAGAUUGAAGAUCUGGAGACGACGCUCCAACAGGACAUGGAGGGCUUUGAGUUUGAGAGGAUGGAGCUAAUACAGAGCAUAGCCCUUCUGGAAGAUGAUCUUAAAGAUAAUCUAUGCUGCCUGGAGUCCCUGGACAACGAGAGGAUGGAACUCGUCUUAGAAAGGGAUCAGCUCAAGAUCCGAAUUAGGGAAAUGGGAAAGGAACUCGAUGUUCUUUCAGAAGUAACCAAGUCUGGCCAAGAGGAAACGACAGACCCUGGUAAUAUGCUAGUAACCGAACCGGUUAAUCCUGAUGUAAUAUAUUUGUCUUUCGAAGUCCAGGAGCCACAAUCACAUACGACGGGCAACACGGAUGAGGAUAAUCUUGAUGAUGACGUCAUCGGUAUUAUUCCAGGUGACUCUUGUGCACUCGGUGGUGAAUCUGAACCCCUGGUGGAUGAGGAGCCAAACACAGCGGAUAUGAGCGUGACUGCUUCCAUCGAAUGCAGUAACGUUCCCAACGAAGAUGUGGAAGCCCAAAAUCUGGAAUCAACAGGUCAACUUGAAACCACAGCACUACUUCUGGAAGAACACCACGAAAACCAUCUAGAGAUGAGGGCAGAGAAACCUGUGGCACCAGGAGAAUGCCCUGAAGACCCAGAUUGUGUGGUGGUUGAUGAAUAUGAUGAAGAUGUUAAUGUUGAUGAUCGGCAAGAUUCCCCUGAUGCCAUGGACAGCCCCAAAACCAGCGGAGACGACCUACAGGAGCAAAGUUCAGAAGUCCAAGAGGAAAUCGAAGAGGAAGAGUCUCCGGAGACAUUUGGUACUGAAGGUUCUCCUCAUGGCGGUUCUCUCUCCAAACACAACACGGACGAUUCCAGAGUUGCCCCGGGAACCCAGAGUGUGGAUGUUGAAGAGGAGAUGGAGCAGAUCACUGAAGGUGAAGCAGCCCCAUCACCUGAUGUGGUGGGCCAUGAAGAGGAGCAAAACUCUGGAGGUGAAGCUGCCCGAUCACCUGAUAUGCUAGGCCAUGACGAGGAGCAGCUGUCUGGAGGUGAAGCUGCCCCAUCACCCGAUGAGGCGGGCCAUGAAGAGGAGACGGCGCAGAUCUCUGUAGACGAGGCCGCCACGCCGCCUGAGGCCGCGGGCUGUGAAGAGGAGACUGCGCAGCUUUCCGGAGGUGAAGCAGCCCAAUCACCCGAUGUAGCAGGCAAUGAAGAGGAGCAGAUCGCCGGAGACGAAGCGGCCACGUCGCCCGAGGCUGCGGGCCUCGAAGAGGACAGGAAUCCUGGGUUGUUUGUGGCGGUCCAGUCAUGGGAUCCAGAGAAUAACCCUGAAGAUGGAGUGGUGGAGGAGCUCUCCCAUCCCCUCGACCAGAGGCUGUGUCAUGCGGUCGCGGUGGACCUCGUCGCUGCGCGGAGAGCUGCUGACUCCUGCGGUGGGCCGACUUCACGGGACGGGUCGGUCGGUCGUUCCCCGGUCGACUCUCACAAGUGUGGGAAACGAAUCCAAUCGGUUUCCCAAGAGUGUGGGUUCUCAGGCUCUCUGGUGGUGGAUCAGCAGGAUGACCCGGAACGCCGUGAGGAUGUUCACCCCGUGAACAAACUCCAGGUGCUGUACAGCGACGCCAUGGAGGAAAACACUCUGCUACACCAGAAGGUGUCGCUGCUCCACCAGAAGACCGUGACGUUGGAGAGCAUUCUGACGUACAACCGGCAAAAGAUCAGAACGGGCAGCCGGGCGUUGGAGGAGAACCUGACCCUGAGGCUGAAGCUGUUCCGUCUAACGAAGCGGGCCGAGGAGCUGGAGACGGAGAUCUCGGAGACGGCCGAUCUCCGGGUCCGAUACCACGACGGGCGCCGCCAGAACACGCUGCUGAAGGGAGAGAACGGGGAGCUGAAGCGACGGCUGUCCAGCCUGGAGGGCCGUCUGCGUGCGGCCGGCGGUCCCCAGGGCCAGCACCGGGGCCUGGCGGAGGAGCUCUCCACCAUGAGGCGGGACAACCUCCAGCUCUCGGAGCUGGUGCGGGAGCUGGAGCUGCAGGGGGACGGAGGUCUCCUGGAGGGGGUCGGAGGUCUCCCGGAGACGGCCGGUACCUGGGAGACCACGUCCCAGGGGACGAGCGGCCGUCUCGAGGCCCGGAGCCAGGCUGACGCCACCCGCCUGGAGGUGUGCUGCGAGGAGCUGGAGGUGCAGAACGCGGACCUCCGCGGGGCCCUCGCCAGCCUGCAGGGGGAGGCGUGGACGCUCAGCGAGUGGAUGCAGGUCCACAGGUAACAGGAGGACCAGGAUAGAACCCCCAGCACCCCGCC